AUGCGACGUCUAGUGCUGCUUUUGGCAGCACUGACGUGCGCGGGAGAUGCACAUGUGCUGACACCAAGUCAGGUGACGAUAUCUCUCAAGAAACCGAUUAAAGCGACAUCGACAUGUGGAGAAAUCAAUGGAAUGCCGAUCAACGAGGUCUAUUGCUCGCUAGCAAGUUCAAUGCAGUACAGUCCUCUCAAUCAGUACUCGUACUCGGAAAAUCAAAACGUACAAGACAGCAUCUAUGCCGAAUUGAGAUCACCAAGGGAAAGCAAGAUCAUUGGUGGUCACGGUUGUGGAAAUUGUCUUGCUGGUGGAAAAGAUUCUCGUCCGGCUCGUUUCAUGGUUGACGGGAAUACGAGUUGGUGGCAAUCCCCGCCACUCUCCAGAGGGAUGCAGUACAAUGAAGUGAACAUCACAAUCGAUUUGGAACAAGAAUUCCAUGUGGCCUAUGUGUGGAUCCAGAUGGCCAACUCGCCUAAACCGGGCACUUGGGUUCUCGAAAGAUCGAACGAUUAUGGGAAAACCUUUGCCCCGUGGAUGUACUUUGCUCCAACUGAAGCUGAUUGUGUUAGGCGCUUCGGCCCUGAGACGAUUGGCCCGGUGUUUGAGGAUGAGAAAGUGAUGUGUCGCUAUGAUUUCGCUUCAAUUCAGCCACUCGAAAAUGCUGAAAUGGUGAUUAACAUACUGGAGCACCGUCCAUCAAGAACCUCGUUUGCCACCUCGCAAGUGCUCCAGAAUUUCACAAGAGCCACGAAUGUGAGACUGAGAUUGUUGGGAGUGAGAACUCUGCAAGGACAUCUCAUGGAUCUCAAUGAGAAGAAUGAUCCAUCGAUUACAAGAAGGUACUUUUACGCCAUCAAAGAGAUCCACAUUGGAGGUCGUUGUGUGUGCAAUGGACACGCAUCGACUUGUGAUGUGCUCGAUGGAUCACGACCGAAUUCCCUUCUUUGUCGUUGCGAGCACAACACUUGUGGAGACAUGUGCGAGCGUUGUUGCCCUGGAUUCGAGCAGAAAAAAUGGCAACAAGUGACCGCGUCAAACAAUUUCACGUGUGAACCUUGCAAUUGUUUUGGUCGAUCAGAAGAUUGCAUUUAUGAAGAGGAAUUGGACAGAAAGAAAGUUUCGCUGGACAUUCACGGAAAUCAAGAGGGUGGAGGAAGAUGUUUGAAUUGCAGGGACAACACCGAGGGAAUCAACUGUAACAAGUGCAAGUUUGGCUUUUACAAGCCCGACGGGGUGAACUGGAAUGACACAAAUCCAUGCCGACCGUGCAGAUGUGAUCCCAGCAAGCAUACAGGUGGUUGCCGAGACGGAGACGGAAAAUGCGAGUGCCAAGCGCGAUUUGAGGGAGAGAAUUGUGAUCGCUGUGCCACCGGUUACUACGAUCCGCCAGAGUGCAAGAAAUGCGAGUGCUCUGUGAACGGGACAUUGGAUCAAAUUUGCUUGCCAACCGAUGGUCAAUGCCCGUGCCUGGACGGUUUUGGGGGGAAAUUCUGCGAGACUUGCGCCCCCGGAUUCACCAAUAUCACGGCUGGAUGCGUUGGCUGUACCUGUGACGAAGUCGGUUCUCUCAACGUGAACUGCUCAGCCGAAACUAGUCAAUGCGCUUGCAAAGCCGAGUACUCUGGAUUGGCCUGUGAUCAGUGUGCUCAAGGAUAUUAUGGAUUCCCGAAGUGUACCUAUUGCAACUGUGAUCCAACGGGUACCGAGGAUGGAAUCUGUGACCAAGAGAGCGGCCAGUGUCUCUGUAAACCCGGAUUUGCUGGUUCUCUUUGCAAUCAAUGUGAUUCCGAGUUCUAUGGAUAUCCAGCUUGCAAAGCUUGUGAAUGCAAGGGUGCCGGCGCGAAGUCUCUCGAUUGUGACAAGAAAACCGGAGAUUGCCCGUGUGCUGCGAACUUCACUGCAAGAACUUGUGACAAGUGCGCCGCCGGUUUUUACGACUACCCGAAUUGUAAAGCUUGCUCUUGUUUGACUGAGGGAGCCAAGGGACAGACUUGUGACGCAAAUGGACAGUGCUACUGCAAGGGAAACUACGAGGGCGAGCGUUGCGACCGUUGCAAACCGAAUUUCUACAAUUUCCCCGUUUGCGAGGAGUGCAAUUGUCAUCCAAAUGGAGUGACGCCGAAUUUCGGCGGUUGUGACAAGGUUGCCCCGGGUGAGCUGUGCUCUUGUCGAAAGCAUGUCACUGGUCGAAUCUGUGAUCAAUGUAAACCGACCUAUUGGGAUUUACAAUAUCACCAUCCGGAUGGAUGCAUCGGUUGUGACUGCAAUCUCCCGGGAACUCUCUCAAUGUUGAAUUCUUGCGAAGAGAAAAACGGGCAAUGUGUUUGCAAGCGACACGUCGGUGGUAGAAGCUGUGACAAGUGUGCGGACGGAUAUUACAAUAUGAAAGCACACAAUCAAUUGGGAUGUGAACCCUGCAAUUGUGACCUUGGGGGAGCGCUGCGCAGCGAGUGUGACCCGUCAACUGGCCAAUGCAAGUGCCGUCCACGUGUCGGUGGAUUGAAAUGCGACAAACCGAUCGACAAUCACUAUUUCCCGACGCUCUGGCAUAACAUGUACGAGGCUGAGGAUGGGCACAAUAUGGAGAAUCGGCCUGUUCGCUUCUCGAGCGAUGCGUCACAGUUCCCGAACUUCAGUUGGCGUGGCUAUGCAGUCUUCUCACCGAUUCAAGAGAAAAUCAUCAUGGACAUCGAUAUUUCAAAAUCUUCAGUCUAUCGUGUUCUCUUGAGAUAUCACAAUCCGACUCAAGUCCCCAUUCAAGCAAUUUUGGCGGUGGCGCCUGCAAGGACAAAUAGUCAUGAUGUCGAACAAUCUGAGAAAGUCACCUUUGCUCCCACCAAAGAACCAGCCACCAUUGAGGCAACUUUGCCGGGAAAACCGUUUGUGUUGAAUCCAGGGAAAUGGUCGCUCUCUUUGGCUACGAAGCAACGACUUUUCUUGGACUAUGCCGUCAUCCUUCCCCAAGAAUACUACGAGGGAACAGUUCUGAAAGAAAGAUUACCCGCCCCAUGUCGCGCGUUGACCAUCCAGAAUACAACUUGUUUGGAUCUUUUGUAUCCACCAGUUGAUAUCGAUGUGACGAGAGUGGAUGUCGAGAAUGGAAUGCCAUUCAGAGAAGUGAUUGAUGAGGAGAAUGGAGGAGAAGAAAAAGAACUCGAAAAGAUGCCAGCCGAAUUGCUUCCAGCUGAACUUGUCGGACAAGCCGCUCAUGUGAAAAAGAGUGACAAGAGUCGAAUGAUUAAAGCAAAGCUUGACGUUCCUGAAGAUGGUGAUUACGUUGUGCUGAUUGAAUAUCACAAUCACGAGGAGACAAAUCUCCCAUUGCAAGUCGAGAUCGUUCAAGAGGGAAAAACGAAAUUGGAUGGAACGGCGAUCAUUCAACAUUGCCCAUUCUCAACCUUUUGUCGAGAACUCGUGACAGCCGGUGGACGAAUUCCGGAGAUGCAGUUGAAGAAAGGAGAAGCCGAGCUGCAAUUCAGCGUCGACCCAGCACACGAGUUUGGCCUGGCGAGCGUCAGUUUGAUCCCAAGAUCGAAAUGGAAUCACAAUCUGCUUCAUCAGUUCCCUGUGUGCACCCGGAAGAAUGGAAAAUGCGUUGGUCAAUCCUAUCCACCAGCUCAAAACUCAGUUACAACUGAAGUCGAAGAUGGAGCAAACGCCGAGAGAGCUGUCGAUGGAACAAAGCUCUCAUUUGACAUUGUGAACGCCGAUUCGGUGAAAGUGAUGUCAUUGGCGCCGGAAGAGCAAUUCGAGAUCUCCGGGGUUGUUCCCCAGCGUGGCCACUAUCGUUUCAUCGUCAACUAUUUUAACCCAGACAGCACUCCAUUGAGUGCCGAUGUAAUGGUGCAAAAUAACGAGCAAUUGUAUCAAGCAAUUCUUCCUUUGGAGUACUGCCCAUCGGUGUCCGGAUGCAGAGCUGUGAUUCAUGACAAAGAGCGAGGAAAAUAUGUGAACCAAUUCUGGAUGGAGGAUCGCUACACAUUGGUUUUUUCGAUCAACGCCACCAACAAAGCUGUGUACAUUGACUCGGUAACCGCAGUUCCGUACAGUGACUAUAAUGAUAAUCUGAUGAAAUUGCAACCGAUCGAUUUGUCGCAAGAUUUCGUCGAACAAUGCAAAGACAACAUUUUCAAAGAGCCUUGUAGCAAUACGAGCGAUUUCUGCCGUGACAAGAUCUUCACCCUUACCACCGAUUUCAAUCAAGCGGCUCUCUCGUGUGAUUGUAUGGCAGCUGGUUCGAACUCGUUCAACUGUGAACCCUAUGGUGGUCAAUGUCAAUGUAAAGCGAAUAUUAUCGGACGUCGGUGUGAUCGAUGCGCUCCUGGCUAUUAUUCGUAUCCGGAUUGCUUGAAAUGUAAAUGCGGCCCGAAUCAACACUGCGACGAGAAAACCGGUCAAUGCUAUUGUGCUCCACACGUCGAAGGACAAAGAUGUGAUCGCUGUGUCUCUUAUGCGUACGGCUACGAUCCAUUGAUCGGCUGUCAGCUCUGUGGAUGUAAUCGAGACGGAUCCGAGGGUGGAAAUCUCGAGUGUGAUCCUUUAAACGGUCAAUGUUUGUGCAAAGAGAAUGUUGGUGGAAGGAUGUGCGAUCGAUGCUUGCCUGGGUUCUAUCGUUUCCCGCAUUGUGCCGAGUGCAGAUGCAACCGUGACGGCACCACUGAAGAUGUUUGUGAUCCAAAUUCGGCUCGCUGCUCGUGCAAAGAGAACGUUUACGGAGCAAUGUGUGAGGCUUGUAAACCAGGCACCUUUGAUCUCUCGGUCUCCAAUUCGCUUGGCUGUGCCGAUUGUUUCUGUUUUGGCGUCACUGAUCGAUGUCGAUCAAGCAACUAUCCGGUGGCUAUGUUGGCCUUCAACAUCUCCGCUUUCACUUUCUCGGAUCCAAAAGGGAAAGUGUCAAUCGUGAAAGAUAUUAUCAAAUAUGAGCCGGGAGAUGAGGGAGCGCCGAAAGAUGUUUACAUCAAUGUGCCCAUUCCACAGUAUCGAGAUUUCACGACCAGCUAUGGAUUGAAGAUCCACUUCAAAUUGGCUGUUCAACCGUCGGAUGAUAUCAAAACGAUGUCCUCGGAGGCGGAUCUCCGAUUGACUGGCCGUAAUGUGACCGCCGAUUUCUGGGCUCCCGAACAACCCGUCGAUCCAUCGUCGCCAUUCCCUGUUGAAUUGAGAAUCCUUCCAGAAAACUUUUUGUCAGCCGAUGGAAAAGCAUUGUCCCGUUCCGAUUUGAUGCUUUUGUUGUACAAUUUGGAGAAAGUUCAAGUGAAAGGCUCCUAUUUCAACAACCCGAAAGCCAUCGAUUUGCUCGAAUUCGGAUUCGGAAUUUCUGGAGAUCAAUAUGGAACGACGAGAGUGACCGCUUCUUCGGUGGAAAUUUGCCAAUGUCCAGCACCAUAUAAAGGGCCGUCUUGUCAGGAAUGCAACGAUGGCUACUAUCGAGUGAAGACUGGCCCGUAUUUGGGCUCUUGUGUGCCUUGUGAAUGCAAUGGUCACUCGGGUACUUGUGAUCCGGAGACGGGCAUCUGUUUCGACUGUGAGCACAACACGUUCGGCGAUCACUGCGAGUACUGUAACGAAGGAUACUACGGAGAUGCCACAGAGCAGAGCCCGUACGCUUGCACGAUUUGCAGCUGUCCAUCUCCUACCAACAAUGUGGCCACAUCUUGUGAAGCGUCACCAUAUGGAGAGAUGUUGUCGUGCACUUGUAAACCUGGAUACUCUGGAGAGACUUGUGAACGCUGCGACAGUGGCUUCUAUGGAGAGCCGAUGAUCGACGGGGGAAUCUGUCAACAAUGUGAUUGCAAUGGGAACAACAAUUUGACUGAUCCGAGAUCCUGCCAUCCGUCAACUGGUGAUUGCUAUAUGUGCCAAAAACACACGAGUGGUCGACGAUGCGAGUGGUGCGAUCAAUGGUACUUUGGCGAUGCUGUCGUUGCAAAGAAUUGCGCUGAAUGCUCGUGUGAUCGCUGUGGAGCCGAUCAUUGUGAGAACAAGAACGGCACGUGUCAAUGCAAAUUGAAUGUCGAGGGAGAGAAUUGUGAUCGAUGUGCGGCUGAUCAUUGGGGAUUCUCGACUUGCCAAGGUUGUCGCCAGUGUCACUGCGGCUUGGCCUCAUCAUCUUCUCAAUGCCACGACGAGACCGGUCAAUGCGCUUGUCUUCCCGGAGCUGCUGGAACUCGCUGUGAAGUUUGUCAGAAUGGAUAUUGGAACUACGGACAAAACGGAUGCCAGAAAUGUGAUUGUGAAGCCGAUCUCUCAAUGGGCACAGUGUGUGAUGUGAGGACGGGACAAUGCCAUUGUCAAGAAGGAGCCACUGGUCCUCGAUGUGAUCAAUGCUUGCCGAGUUAUCUCCGAAUUCCGACUCAUGGAUGCAGAAGAUGUGACGAAUGUGUGCACUCUCUUUCAUCCGAUGUUGAUCAUCUUGGUUUCUCAAUUUUUGCCCUUGAUGGCGCUAUUGGAAACAUCUCAGCGGCUACUGUAGCUGGAGCAAGACUCAGCCGAUCGAACAAGACUUUAAACAAUAUCCAAGAAGUUGCCACCAAGAUCAACAACUUCAACAACGAGGAUUAUGACGGUUUCUUGGGAAAAGCGAAGACGGUAACGUCGAAUGUCACCGCGUUGGGCAGCUCAGCCAACAGGACUGCACAACUCUUGAAAGACAACGCAGCUCGCGUGAAGAACUUGACCACAAAAGCGGAAACAUUGAGAAACGAUAUUCGGGAUCGAAGCGGUGUCGCGUCAUUUGUUGUCGAUGAGAUGAAAACCCUUGCCAAUAGUGUUGGAUCCGGAGCGAAAGCGCUGGAAAUCAAGCCGGAAUGGCUGACCGAGGCACAGCAGACAUUGGAUACUCUCAAGAAUGUCAUUGCUCAACGACCAGAGAAACUCGAAGAGGUACAAAAUCGUUUAAAGACAUUGAACAAGGGAUUGGAAGAGUUCACAAAGAAGAAUGAUUUGAUCAAGAAACGCUACGAGUCUGGCCUGAAAAACAUCACUGAUGUGCAAGACUACGUGAAAGCGGCCGAAGCCGAGCUGGCAAAAACCGGGAAAUUGAUCCGAGACGCGAAUCAGAAAAGCAAAGACUUGUCCCUUUUCCAUUUCGAAUCACUCGGCUCGGGAAUUGUUGCCGAUUCAGAUUUGGCAAGAAAUGGACGAAAGAAAGUUGACGAGUUGACAAAUGAGGCUGAUGAGGAGAUUGUCAAAGUUGGGGAUUUAAACGAAAACAUCAAGGAAUCGAUCGCUAAAUUGAAGACAGCGAAAACGAGCGUUGCUGAUUUGAAGAAUCAAAUUGGAGUUGGAAGAGUGAAAAGGGAUGGAGAUGAAGAUUUGAGGCAAAAAGCCCGCAAUCACUCGAACUCCUUGAAGCAAAGAGCCGGCCAGUUGGAUGCAAAAUUCGAAUUCUCACGAAAAUCUUCUCAUUACGCUGUUCAAGCUGCUGGAGUGCACGAUAAAAUCUCUGACUCAUUAAAGAACGCAUCCGCCAUCUCAUCAGAUAUCCUUCUAGCUUUGGACAAUCACAAUCUUCAGAAUAUGAAAACCGACGUCUCAACGGCUAAUGACAAAUCAAAAGAGUUGACUACAAAAACGGGAAAUCUGAAAAAUGAGGAACUUGGCAAAUUGGAGACGGAAACAAAACAGGCUGAACAAAAAACGAAUGCGGUCAAGGAUCAAAUCAAUGACUUGAAGAAAAGGAGACAGAAUGUGGCUGAUACGAUCGCCAAGCCAGUUUAUGACAAGGAUCGACUCGAGGAUGUGCAUAAAAAAGUCGAGGGAUUCGCUGAGAAACACCAGGAGUUGAUGAGUGAAUUGGAGGCGAAUCGGGAAGAGCUGAAGAAAAACUCGGAAUCCGCCGAGUCGGCCAUUCAAGAGUACACGAAAGCGAAACAAGGAAUCAAAGUCAUUCACAAGAACAUCGGAGAUCUCAAAGAACUCAUCCCCGAGGUGUCAAAAAAAUUCGACGCUGCUUUGGAAGCGCAAAAGGCGAUUCAACAGAAAAUCGAGGCGGUUCGCGAGAAAGUGCACACAAUUAAAGAGAAAAUCGCCGUCGCUCGUGAUGCAGCCAAUCGUAUUAAACUUGGAGCCCACUUUGAGCAGGGCAGCUCUCUCGACUUGAAUUUGCCUCAUCGUGUCACUCGAUCGGCCGCCUAUUCGGAUAUCUCGUUUUACUUCAGAACAUCGCAAGAACACGGUAUUCCACUCUUUUUCGGAAACGAAGAGGGUUCAGCUGGUACCCGAGCUGUUCCAACUGAUGACUACAUUGCUGUCGAGAUCGAGCAUAAACGACCGAAAAUCUCGAUGAAUCUUGGAGAUGGACCAACUGUUGCACUGCUUGAACAAUCCGUCAACGACAAUCAAUGGCGAAAGCUGCACAUCGAGCGAAUCGGAAAAACCGUCACCGUGACGCUGUACGAGCCAGAAUCCGAGAAAUUCCAUGAAAAGAAGACCGUUCAUGCGCAAGGGAACAAAUCUGUGCUGAAUUUGCAUCAAACAAUCAGUCGUCUCUUCGUUGGUGGAAUCCCAGCAAGGAGCAGGGUGACUCGUGACAUUCGAAACCGAGACUUUGUCGGCGAUGUUGAGGGACUUCAAAUGCACGGAGUACCCGUCGGUCUUUGGAAUGCCCGACAAGGCGGUGUGGUGAAUGUGGUUGGCACGGAAAGGCGAUCACUUCAACAAGUCGAUUUCGACACGAGUAGAGAUGGUCUUUCAUUGGACGGUGAAGGCUUUAUCACGUACAAGAUCGGUGUUUGGAAUCCCCGUCAAAAGACUCAAUUCCGUCUCUCGUUCCUCACAUUUUCACCCGAAGGAUUAUUGUUCUUCAUUGGAUUAGAGCGCGAUUUUCUCGCUCUCGAACUCCAUGAUGGAAACGUGAAACUCUCGAUCGAUUUGGGCACUGGAGUUGGUGCGUUUGAGUCAAAUGGAGCCAAGUACAAUGACGGAAAAUGGCAUACGGUUGUCAUUCAUCGAGUCGAGAAACACGUGGUUGUCGAAGUUGAUGGAAAUAAGAUUGCUGAGGGAGAUGCUCCAGGAGACAUGACCGAAUUGUCGACCUCUGACUAUUUCUAUUUGGGUGGAGUGCCCGAGGGAGUGAACCUUCGUUCGCCCGUUGAUACGAUCAAAGGAUGUAUUCGAGAAGUUCAACUCGACGGAGUCACCGUCAAUCUGCAGACAGCUCAUGAGAGCAAAGGAGUUCGAAACGCUUGUACAGCUAGUGUUGUGAGAGAGAUCUCAAUUCUCUCCGAUCGUUCUCAAGCCUCAUUCAGCAAUGUUGUUCUCUCGGAUGAAGUCGAAGUGACCCUUCGAUUUAAGAGUCAAGAACCAACUGGAACCCUUCUCACCAUCGCCACAGAAGAUGAUCUUGCACUUGUUUCGAUCGGAUUUGAGAAUGGAGUGUUGAAUGUGGCGGCAAAUGGAAAAGAGAAGGUAAACGUUGAACUCGCCAGUGCAUCGGAUGGUCAAUGGCAUUUCAUCUCGGUUCGACGCGACAAAAACGUUCUUCGCGUUGACAUCGAUGAUCUCAUUGGAAAGGAGAUUCCACGAGUUUCUGGAGAAAGCGAUAUGAAAGUCAACAUCGGAAAAGAGGCUGGCGAAAAAGGCAAAAUCGUGUUCGGAAAGCAGCCGAAAGGACGUUUCAUUGGAUGCAUUGGAGAUGUCACGUACAAUGGGAAAUUACUUGAUUUUGCCAAGGCAAGCUCAACGGAGAUCCAACGAACCGGAUGCUCGCUGGCUCCCGAUCAAGUCUUCAUCCCAACGAAUGCUCCAAAUCUGCCCGGAGAAGAGGUAAAUAUUGGCCAGGCCGAGCAAGAAGCCACCGAGGGACCGGCUGGCGAAGUGGAGAUCGAGGAACCUGCUACAACGAGAAGACCCAAGACUGUUCGCCGUGAGGGCACUUGCAUGCUUCCCAGGAACACCCUCGGCCCACAAGAUGAUUCGGAUGGACUUCGAUAUGGCACUUCCCCCAACAACCGUCUUGAAUUCAAGAAAUACCCGGAUCAAUUUGAUAAGAGCGGAAUGUUCUCUUUCCAACUCCGCGCCACCGCUUCGAAUGGAGUGAUCCUUUUCGCUACCGAUCAAAAAGAUCACAUUGGAAUCUAUCUUGUGAAUGGAAAGAUCAAAUUCGCUUUCAAUACUGGAAGUGGAUUGGUGACUAUUGCCUCAAAGACCUCAAUUCUCGACGAUGAAUGGCACACAGUGAAAGCGUAUCGAAAUGGAAAUGGCGGAACAUUGACUGUUGAUGAAGAGUUGAUCGAAGUCGCAUCAACUGAUGCCGCCGGCGCUUCAGAAUCAGUCGACACAGUGCCUCCACUGUAUUUCGGUGGUGUUCCCACGUCUCUUGCCGGCAAAGUUCGAGAAGUUGUGCCCAAUAUUCGCAGUGAAUUCUCUGGAUGUCUUCGCGAGUUGAAGCUCAAUGACAAGAAGUUCGAUUCGGAAGCUGAAGAGCAUGGAGUCGUUCCCUGUUCUCAUUACCAGGAAAGUGGAAUGUUCUUCGGUGAUGCCGGUGGAUACGCGAUUGUCAACAAAGAGUUCACGGUUGGCACCACUUUCUCGGCCGAAUUCGAGAUUCGCCCACGGACCAACAACGCCGUUCUCUUCAGCGUUGGCGUCUUGGAGUACUUGAACCUCGAGAUUCUCAAUGGAAAGAUCCGCUUCACCGUUGACUCCGGUCUUGGCUCCGAAUCCAUCAACUUUACCCCAUCAGGCACAAGUGGAAACAAUCUCACGCUAUGUGAUGGACAUUGGCACAGUGUUAAGGUAAACAAAAAGAAGCUUUUGAUCACGGUGACCGUUGAUGGACGCUCGUCGAUCUUGGUGUUGAAGAAGGUCAAGAAGGGAGAACCGACGACGAAGGAUCCGGUCUAUGUUGGUGGAGUGCCCGAUGGGGCCGUGAACAAAGGAUUGAAGACAACGGACAACUACGUCGGUUGCCUCCGCGUUGUUCACUUUGGCGCCAAGAAGGAGAAAGUUCGCGUGCGAAUGAGGAAACAAAUCCCAACCAGGGACAUUGAGGUGUUCGGCGAUGUGAACAAGGUCGAGUGCCCCGUUAAC